AUGGUGUACCAACAGAAAAUCUAAAAAAACACAAAACAUAAGAAGACAGGCCACAAGGAAUCCGAGAAAAUUUAGAGCGACAAAAUCUGGGGAGAGAAUAGGAAGAUCUGAGUGAUAUUUGAUGGAGUAUACUAGUGUGAAACAGCGAUGAAAAAAAAAUGAUUUUUAUUUUUAAUUCUUGAUUUCUUGAGUCAUUCACUAGUUUCUUCUUAUCUCUUACCCUAAAUUUCAGGGAAAGAUUGAUCUUUUAUUACAUAGACUUGAUUUUCUUGACUGUUUCUUCUCAUCUCUGACCCUGGGGAGUAGAAAAGGAAUGAUCUCUAUUACCAUAUAUUCUUCAGUUUAAUCUUAUUGAUUCAUUCAAGUCACAGAGAGGGGGGGAGAGAGAUUCUUAAUUCAUUCAUCAAGUGAGAAAGAGAGAGGGGAGAGAUUCUUGGCUUCAUUCGUCAGGGGAGGGAGAGAGAGGGAGAGAGAGAUGUCUUCAUCAACACCAAAUCCAUCAGGGGAUGUGAAGAACCCAAUGCCUGCAAAGGCCAACUUUUGGGUACUUCCAUAUAGGACCCAAAUGCUUCAAAAGCUGUACACUAUUGGGAAAAAAUUAGGGCAAGGUCAAUUUGGGACAACCCAUCUUUGUACUGAGAAAGCUACUGGCACCCUUUAUGCUUGCAAGACAAUCCCUAAGAAAAAGUUGAUUUGUAAAGAGGAUUAUGAAGAUGUUUGGAGAGAGAUUCAAAUAAUGCAUCAUUUAUCUGAACAUCCAAACGUGGUCUUAAUUAAAGGCACUUAUGAAGAUCCACUUUUUGUUCACAUAGUUAUGGAGUUGUGUGCUGGUGGUGAGCUUUUCGAUAGGAUUGUGAUGAAGGGUCAGUAUAGUGAGAGGGAAGCUGCUAAGCUUUUGAAAACUAUUGUUGGGGUUGUCGAAGCUUGUCAUUCUUUAGGGGUUAUGCAUAGAGAUUUGAAGCCGGAAAAUUUCUUGUUUUUGAGUACUGAUGAGGAUGCUGCCCUAAAAGCGACUGAUUUUGGCUUGUCUGUUUUCUAUAAGCCAGGUGAGACAUUUUGUGACGUGGUUGGAAGUCCUUACUAUGUUGCCCCAGAGGUAUUACAAAAGCAUUAUGGACCAGAAUCAGAUGUAUGGAGUGCAGGAGUGAUAUUAUACAUAUUACUUAGUGGCGUUCCCCCUUUUUGGGCAGAAACUGAAAUGGGAAUCUUUAGGCAGAUAUUACAAGCAAAAUUAGAUUUCGAAUCUGAACCAUGGCCUAGCAUUUCUGAUAGUGCCAAGGACUUGAUACGUAAAAUGCUUGACAGAAAUCCAAAGAAGAGGCUAAGUGCACAUGAAGUAUUAUGCCACCCAUGGAUUGUUGAUGAUAGAAUUGCCCCCGAUAAGCCUCUUGAUUCUGCAGUGCUAUCACGUCUGAAACAAUUCUCUGCAAUGAACAAGCUUAAAAAGAUGGCUUUGCGAGUCAUCGCUGAGAAGCUCUCUGAAGAAGAAAUUGGUGGUUUGAAGGAAUUGUUUAAAAUGAUAGACACCGACAACAGUGGAACUAUCACUUUUGAUGAAUUGAAAGAAGGCUUGAAAAGAGUUGGUUCUGAACUCAUGGAGUCUGAGAUCCAGCAUCUCAUGGAUGCUGCGGAUAUUGACAACAGUGGAACAAUAGACUAUGGUGAAUUUCUUGCAGCUACUGUGCACUUGAAUAAGCUGGAGAGAGAGGAAAAUCUAGUUUCAGCAUUCUCAUUUUUCGACAAAGAUGGCAGUGGUUACAUAACCAUCGAUGAGCUGCAACAGGCCUGCAAUGAAUUUGGUUUAGGUGAAGCUCACCUUGAUGAGAUGAUUAGAGAAAUUGACCAAGAUAAUGAUGGGCAGAUAGAUUACGGAGAAUUUGCUGCAAUGAUGAGAAAAGGCAAUGGAGGAGUCGGCAGGAGAACUAUGAGGGGCAAUUUUAACUUGGGUGAAGCAUUAGGGGUAGCAGCGCAAAAUGACAAAUGUGUCUGAAAACCUCAUUAUCCGGAGUCCGACUGAUUCUCCUGUUUUAUGAACUCAAUGCAAAACGUUUACAUAUAUGUUGCAUUACGACUUCAUUUUCUUGAUAUAAAGAUUCGUAGUCUGUUUGGUAGUAGUGCUGACAAACACCUUACCUAUCAGUGAAAUGUGAAAAUUACACAAGGCAAAGCCAAAACCUUUUUUUGUUUA